AUGGCGUCCACAAAGUCCUCCUACUGCAGCUGCUCCUGGUCUCAGUGGUCUCUGUGGUGUCGGCUCAGGAACUUCUUUGGGAUGAGCGCAACCAUCGCCCACAAAGGCACCAACUCUGAUGGAACACACAAGGUGCUCUUUCGUAACAAGCACACCUUUGGAGAUUGUGACAAAAGCAUGGACUGGAGUUGCAAUAGUGGCGACUGUGGCUCCAUCUCCGGAAGUAAGAGAGCAGAGAUUUACAAUAGCUUCAGAGGACCCUUUGCUAGCGAGCUGUGGACAGAAGACUGUUGCUGGCUCAUAGCAGUUAAUGGUGAAGAUGGAGUCGUUGGGCUCACUGCUCUGAGUCUGGCGAAAAGAUCUGACACCGGAGAACCAAACAAAUCACCUAUUUUUACCUUUCUGCCUUUCUUGAGAGUUCCUAAGAACUGCCCUCAGACAUACAAGAUGAUGCCCUUUGAUGCUGAUGGUGACGACGUCAGAUGCAGAUUUGGAAGUUCGUACGCGCAAGAGUGCAGCUUAUGCUCCCAACCUGCAGGAUUCGACUUAGAUGAGAACUCCUGCAAGUUAAGCCACAUUGAAGCCGACUACGCUGGAAUCCAUACGUUCGAGUUGGUGGUGGAGGACUUCCCAAAAGAACAGGUCGAGCUGAGCUACUCAAACGGAAACCAACCCCAGAAGCUUGAAGACAAAACCAAUACUGAACUUCCCCUCAGCAAACUACCACUACAGUUCACUUUGGAGGUAACAGACAAUGCUCCCUCAUGUGAGAAGGGAGUCUACAUACCCAAGCUUGUGCAACCAACACCUAUAUAUGGAGCAAAGAUCCAUGCAGAGGUCGACUCAGCCGUGGAGAUCAGAGUCAAAGCUGAAGUUUCAGUUUCAGACAUUGAAGGCAUCGUUGUCAGUGGGCCUUCGGGCAUCGGUCAGAGGACAAACGGCAGCGAGUUUGUCAUCACAUGGAAACCUACAGCCGACGACUCGGGAGAACAUUUCUCAGUUUGCUUUGCUGUUGAAUCAUCCACAUUGUUGGUGUUCUUUCAAUCUGAGGUGAGGUGUGUCAUGGUGGAAGUCAAGGAAAAGAUAGGUAAAUCCCACGUGAUCUGCGAUGAAUCCUCAAUGACAAUCCUGGUGGAGAAAGCUUCCUUCCCUCGACUCAGUGAGGAUCAUCUGCAGCUCAACGACCCCUCCAACACCAUCUGCAGCCUGACGUCUAACAGCACCCACUUCAUCGGCAACUUCGGCCUCAACCAGUGUGGCACUCAGAUCGAGGAAGAUGACGACUACCUCAUUUUCAAGAAUGAAAUCACCACAUAUGAAGACCAAAACUAUCAGAUCACUAGGAAGCACCUGCUGGAGGUGCAGUUCUACUGCCAGUACCCCAAACAUGGCAACGUGUGGCAGAGCUACUCGGUUCACAGGAAGAACGUCACCGUGUGGGAGAAGGGCAUAGGCACAUUCACCUAUGAGUUUGAGUUCUAUGAGGACGACAGCUACAAAACCAUGAUUGACCCAUACUCAUUCCCUCUGGAGGUGGAAAUAGGGAGCAGGCUUUACAUGAAGAUAGAGGCCACCUCUUCACUCAGCAACACUGAGUUGUUUGUGGAGUCCUGCACUGCUGCACCGUACGACAACCCCAACUACCCCAAUCCCUACACCAUCAUUGCAGACGGGUGUGAAGUGGACCCGACUGUUAUCGUCUAUGAAACUGACCACAAAAAUAAGUUCUUGUUCAGCAUGGAGGCCUUCAAGUUCAUCGGCUUGUAUGACCAGGUGUACAUCAGCUGUUCAGUUGUCAUGUGUGAAGCUGGAAAUCCCGACACCAGGUGCUCACAGGGAUGCAUGAACUUCAAAACCAGUGAUUUUCGCCCAAAGAGAGAGACAAAGGUCCAAAGUGGAGCCCACUUCAUUUCCCAGGGUCCCCUGCGUCUGAAGAGGUCGGCCGAGAACAGCGACAGCCCAGCGAUCGCCCUGAACCUGAACCUGGUGUUCAUCGCUGGAUGUGUCCUGGCUGCUGUUGGCAUGAUCUGUGGAGUGAUCUUGUACAAAACCAAGACGUCCAAGGUCAAGUACCAACUGCUGCCUGCAUCUGAGACCUUUUAA